AUGCGUUCUUUGAUAAUAAAUGUCCUUUGCUUUGAACCGAUUGCUUUUCACAGGGUUACUGGGGAAGAAAACAUCAUGUCGCACCAAGUCAUAGAGCCACCUAGCUCUGGCCAGAAAGCAGGUGCCUCCUCUGCUGGGGAUGUCUACACAGAUACACUUGGUUUUGCUGCCAUGGAUUCCAAUGUUCCAGGACUCUCGAAAGUUAUCCUUCAGAAGUUAAAUAUGCAAGACUACAAAGAUUACAGAGCUGCUUUGGAGGGAAGAAAAUCUGCCUCGGAUUUCGGUAUCCGUACUUACCAGGAGAUGUUUCAGAAGAUGGAGGAUACCUUCAAGUUCUGUGCAGAGUGCAAGAAGCUUCCGGAAGCCCUGCUGGACCAAAAAGGUCUCCGACGCUGCAAAAGAUGCCAAAAUGUUUACUACUGCGGGAAGGAGUGCCAGCGAGUUAGCUGGCCACUGCACAAGAAGUUCUGCAAGAAACUAAAAUGGGCAGCGAUAGACCGGCUGCUGGAGUGGCUGGUUUUCACAGGUGAUAUCCCUUUCCCCAGCAAAGACUGGACGAGAGCGGUUAGUGAGGUGAAAGGCUGGAAUGAUUGGUUCUUGAUGCAGGAGGACCUCGAUGCCAAGCUGGGUUCGGUUUUGCACUGUAAGCACAUGGAUAUAUUGUGGGCAAAUGCAGGGAAACCAAGGCCCGACGACGAGGAGCUCUUGGAAUCCAUCAGACGGGUGACCACUGACUUUCAGACCAGGCCGGUGACGAUCGGAUUUGCUCUGCACAGCUUCGGCAUUGACCCAUUAGAGAAACCCCUCACCAUUCAUGUCGUCGGGGCCUCUCAUACCGAGACCCUCCACGCCAGGCUGAAAGACUACGAUGAGCUUGCUCAUAUGUUCCCGGGCAAUGAGGGCAUUGAGGUGGUCAUGAUUGGGCCUGAGGUGGUGGCUGGUCCUGCCAUAAGGCCGCCCUUACAGACCUAUGCUGGCAGGAGACGAGUAUACAUGAGUGGGUGGAAAGGCCUGUACCACGAGUACUGGGAGACCAUGGUGGAGUCGGAACGAGCUGCCCGGCCCAACUUGGUGAUAGGGUUUCAUCCAGGGUUCCAUGCUUCACAAGGCUUGACGGAAGGCUGGCUGCCAACGCUCCUGCUGCUGAGAGACUACAAGAUCCCUGCUGUCUUUACCAUGUAUAGUGAGCAGGAGCUGAAAUAUUCCCUUCAGAUCCUCCACGAACUGGAAGCCAGGAUCAUCAGCUACGGAGAGAAUCCCUUCGCCUCGUUGAAACUGGAGCAGGUGCAGUCCAAUCCCAACAAGCCGCUGGUCAGCAGCAACUCCACCUACCUGAUGUUCCAUGGAUGCACGGAAUACGCUGAGGAGACGGCCACUGAGGACCUUGGACAAGAGGACAGCCUGUGAGCUUGGUCCGGCUGACAAGUCAUGCAGUGAUCUGAAGAGUUUUCUGUGGCUCCAAGAAAACAUCUUGUUUCAUUUGAUGAGCCUCUUUAGCCAUCUGCAUUUAUUUAAUUUCUAGACUCAAGCAGCGCAGAGUUCAAUGUGUGUCCAAUCUCCUCGCUGGAGCAUUAUGCUUUCCUCUUCCCUCCUUCAAUCCUACAAAUUUUCUCCAACAAGUGUUCAUCCAGUUCAAAGGUUAAAGACCUUUAAAAGAUUAGCUUUAGUGGGCAAUGAAACAACAAACAUACAGUGAAAUGCAUCAUUUUGCAUCAACUUAAGUCAGUGAGGAUUGUGCUGGGCGCCCAGCAAGUGUCACCACGAUUCCAGUGCCAAUGUGGCAUGACCACAGCUCAAUAACCCUAAUUGUACGUCUUUGGAAUGUGGGAGCAUUCCAGAGCACCCUGAUGAAAUCCACAUGGUCAUGGGGGAAACAUACAAGCUUACAGACAGUAGAGGGAAUUGAACUCCAAUCACUGUAAAGUGUUGUGCUAACCGUUAUGGUGAGGUGUUGAGUUCCUUUCUGAACAUCACUGUCAAACCAGCUUCCAUCCGCAGCACACUCCGGAACACCUCAGUCUGUGUGAACUAACCCGGAAUUCCACCCACAACCCACUCCAGAACACCUCAGUCUGUGUGAACUAACCUGGAUUUCCAUCCGCAGCCCACUCUGGAACACCUCAGUCUGCCCGGAAUUCCAUCCACAGCCCACUCCGGAACACCUCAGUCUGUGUACACUAACCUGGAAUUCCAUCCGCAGCCCACUCUGGAACACCUCAGUCUGCCCGGAAUUCCAUCCACAGCCCACUCCGGAACACUUUUGUCUGCCUGGAAUCCCAUCCACAGCCCACUCUGGAACACCUCAGUCUGCCCAGAAUCCCACCCACAACCCACUCCAGAACACCUCAGUCUGUGUGAACUAACCUGGAUUUCCAUCCGCAGCCCACUCUGGAACACCUCAGUCUGCCCGGAAUUCCAUCCACAGCCCACUCUGGAACACCUCAGUCUGUGUAAACUAACCUGGAAUUCCAUCCGCAGCCCACUCCGGAACACUUUUGUCUGCCUGGAAUCCCAUCCACAGCCCACUCUGGAACAGCUCAGUCUGCCCAGAAUCCCACCCACAACCCACUCCAGAACACCUCAGUCUGUGUGAACUAACCUGGAUUUCCAUCCGCAGCUCACUCUGGAACACCUCAGUCUGCCCGGAAUUCCACCCACAACCCACUCCGGAACACCUCAGUCUGUGUGAACUAACCUGGAUUUCCAUCCGCAGCCCACUCUGGAACACCUCAGUCUGCCCGGAAUUCCAUCCACAGCCCACUCCGGAACACCUCAGUCUGUGUAAACUAACCUGGAAUUCCAUCCGCAGCCCACUCCGGAACACUUUUGUCUGCCUGGAAUCCCAUCCACAGCCCACUCCGGAACACCUCAGUUUGCCUGGAAUCUCACCCACAACCCACUCCAGAACUCCUCAGUCUGUGUGAACUGCCCGGGAAUCCAUCUCCUUGAUUUACUAAUUCAGCAACUAUUGGAAGCAGUUUCUCACCCUUCACCAUUUUGAGCACCUCCACUGCAAUCCUUAUGGCCUGAGCUUACUGUUAGUAUGGGGAGUAGUGGGCAGAUGCUCUUUGUCAACUAGCCGCAGUUGAGCGUAAAACUCACUGCAGAAUGAAUUCGUAUCUUUCUAUUACUUAUGACUCUCAGAGUCACAGAGAGUCAUAUAGACCACUGCAGCACAGAAUUAGAACCAGUUCAUGAUGAAUUGUUACUCUGCCUACUCCCAUCGACCUGCACCCAGAACAUAGACCUCCAUACCCCUCCCAUCCAUGUACCUAUCCAAAUUUCUCAUAAAUGUUGAAAUCUGGCCUGCUUCCAACACUUCAGCUGGCAGCUCAUUCCACACUCUCACUACACCCUGAGUGAAGAAGCUCCCCCUCGUUUUCCCCCUUAAACACUCCAGCUUUCAUCUUUGACCCCUGAUCUCUAGUUCUAGUCUCACCCAACCUCAGCGGAAAAAGGCCUGCUUGCACUUACCCGGUCUAUAGCCCUCAUAACUGAUGCAUUUCAAUGUAUCUUUGCUUAAAGACUUUUCUGAGAAUUGAGUGUAUAGCUUACUGGUCUAAGAGUCUGCAAUUGGAAUUUGUUUAUAAUUGCCACAUGUACUGAAGUAGAGUGAGAGUUUGUCUUGCGUAUAAUCCAUACAGGUCAGUGCUUUGAGGUAGAACAAGGUAAAACAAUAACAGAAUGCAGAAUAAAGUGUAACAGCUACAGAGAAAGUGCAGUGUAGAUAAACGUUGCAGGGUAAAGUCACAAUGAAGUAGAGCGUGAAGUCAGUAGUCUUGUCAUACCAGGGAACCAUUCAACAGCCUUAUAACAGCGGGGUGGAAGAUGUCCUGUAGCCGGGUGGUACAUGCUUUUAGGUUCUUGUAUCUUCUGCCUGGUGGGAGAGCAGAGAAGAUAGAUUAUCUGGGAUGGCGUUUUUGAUGAUGCUGGCUGCUUUAUUGAGGCAGCAAGAAGUGCAGAGUCCGUGGAGGGGAGGCUGGUUUCCAUGAUGUGCCAAGCUGUGUCCACAACUCCCUGCUGUUUGUUGCAGUUACGGGAAGAGCGGUGGUGCAUCAGGGAGGACGCUUUCUGUAGUGCAUCAGUUAAAAUUGGGUAGGGUUUAUGGGGACAGCCAAAUUUCUUUAGCCUCUGGGGGCUUGGCUGAAACAAGAUUUUAUAUUGCACAUAAGCAGCUGAAGUAUUUGCUCUCCUUAAGUUCAGGGGGAUGAAAGCUACCGUCGUAAACUAAGCUUAUGAAACCAAAAUGCACUUGGUUCACCGAUGUCCUUUAAGGAGGGUGAUAUGUGUUUCUAAAGACUCUGUGACCAGAGUCAAGUAUAGAACCUGCUUGAACUGACUGAACAGUUUUUGCCAUUAGAUAGCCAAUAAUUGCCUAGCUGUCAGCCACAGCCACAUCUUGUGAAUGAAUGAAGCAGGUUGUUGGGUGAUGUAAUUUCCUGUCCAGUAUUCAACCCCUACCCAGAGCAGCACCAUUAGGCCAGUAGUGGGAGGGAGAUGAACCCUGAAGAAAAUCAUUAAUGGACAGAUGCAGAAGCUGAGAAGGGUGAAUCAUUCUUGAAAGGGGUCAUGUUGACAGAACUUAAUCAUCCCCGAAGGACUCAUUCAACCUGAUUGGCUCUGUAAUCCUAUAAUAGGUACACAGAGAGUGCUUAGCAACUGCAAUGCCACCUCGUGGAGGCAGACUAAUUAAAACUAAGCGAGAUAGCUGAGUAAGGAAGGAUUAGGCUACAUAUUUAUAGUGUGAAGUGGAGCAGGAACGUGUAGCAAAUAAAGACAACAGCUGUGGUUGGAUUGAAUGGCCUGUGUCUGUGCUAUCCACAUAAUUAUGUAAAUAUCUCUGUUUGUGAACACUCUGAACUUUAACAGGAUUCAGAGCAGGAAUUUUGUGGGAAAUGUCAUUUAAAUCAUGGUUCCACUCAUAGCAUUGUUGAUUAAACUUGUUGCAUAAACUGCUCAUUUUCGGGAAUUAAACGAGUGUUUUUUUUUGAGGUGAACAACUAAUGUUAUAGAGCGAUAAAUAUAAUUUCAAUUUUACUUUGCAGUGUUUUUAUUAUUUGGGAAAAUCAAUUAAUAAAUAUUAGACUGGUUCAGAUGGAAAUAUUGAUUGUUAUAAAUACCUAGUUUUCCGAUGAAGAUAUCCAUAUAUUUCACUUCUUUUAUGUCUUUUAUGUUUGUUUUUCAUCUUGAAUGUGAUUCUGAAACUGUUGGAGCUGGAGAUUUACAGUUUGGAGAUUGUUUAGGUGUUUCAGCACACUGCAGUCUCCGAGAGGAUUCCGAGAGACAGAAGCAAUGUGUGGGAUCUUCAUGGCGGGCAGACUGCGAGCUUCCAUUGUUCGCCAACCGAAGCAAUGGAGGAGAUGGAAACAUUGAGGUGACAGUGGAAGGCAGCCACAAAACAAAGAAACCUCAAAAGAACCCAUUAAGGAAGGAAGACUGUCAAACACCAGUGCAUACAGAGAGAGAAAAAAAACAAAUCGUGCAUAGAAUAAAAGUAAACAACAGCUUCAGAGCUGAAGUUUUAUGAAAGACAUGGAGCCAGGCAUCACUACAGCUGGAGCAGGCCACAGCCUCGGUUCAUUGCAAAGCGGAUAAACGUUACGAGACCACAAACGCAAAGCCUGGCAUCACUGUAGCCAGAGAAGGCCCCAGCAUCAGGUCAGCGUGG